UUGUAAUAAUAAAUUUUAUUAUGAAAUAAAGAAAACCAACAAAUAACAUUUCUAAUGGUUAAAGUUGAUGUCGAAUACUGUGGUCGCUGUAAUUUCGAAUGGCACUGCAAAAUGCUAUCAGCAUUUCUCCAAGAAAAACAACCUGGCACCGAAGUAACAUGUCAUGUCGGCCGUCAAGGAUCAUUCGAAGUUAAAAUCAACGAAGAUUUGGUUCAUUCAAAAAUACAAACCUUAGCUUUUCCCGAUCAUCAAAGUGUUUUGGAAAAUGUUCAAAAAGCUGAAAAAGGUUUGCCAGUAGAUAAAGUUAAAGAACAGCCAAUAGAAAAUUGUAUAAUUAUGUAAAA